AUGUCAAGCUUGGGUGAGAUCCUUGUGAAUGCUCAGUCAAACGACACAAACAUUCGACAGGCAGCUUUCGAAGCCCUGCAGCAAUUAAAGCAAACAAACCCCACACAAUAUAUCUUGAGCCUUUCCGCAGUUCUUGCCUCUCCGACUGAUCCAAAACCAUCAAGGCAGCUUGCAGGCCUUAAUAUUAAGAAUGUGCUAUCAAAUCUCAAUAACGAAGAUUUCUUACUCCUCACUAUUGAAAUAAAAAUCAUUGAAAGUUUGGAAAAAAUAGCCUAUCGUUGAUUGAUUUUCAUAUGACUAGCCUCAAACGACUACCUAUAUUUGAUAAUGAUAAAUCUUAGAGAAAUAAUCUUAUAAUCGCUUAAACGUAAUUUAAAUGCGAUUUUUAACAUAUUUGCUAAUAUAUUGUAAACUCUAAUUCUUAUAUAAAUAGAGCAUAAAAUUUUUAUAUGUGAAAAGUUUUAAUAAGAAAUUUUAUAUAUAAUUUUUAUGUAAUUUUUUUUCAACCUCAAUCCUUGAUGGAACACUAGCAGGUCGCUCGACUAAAGGUGAGAAAGUUAGCUGAUUUCUGGGAUAAGGUUGACCCAUCAUUGAAAACAACAGUCCGCAAUAACGUUCUGGGCACUCUUGCUAGUGAUGACAAAGAUAUCAGGUUGAGUGCUUCACAAGCUGUGGCGGCUGUCGCCAAAAUCGAUUUGGCCAAAGGAGAAUGGACUGAAAGCAUCCAUAUAUUGGUUUCGAACGCCAUUAAUCCGAAUGUAAGCUACAAGCUUGCUAGCUUAAUGACCUUAGGAUAUAUAUGUGAAGGCGUCACUGCUGAAAUAAUCAAGCCUGAACUUUCUAACCAAAUCUUCAGCGCUAUUGCAGCAAAUAUAACAGCCCAAGACACGACCAAUGAAAUUAAGCUUGUAGCGCUGACUGCUUUGUCUAAUUCUUUGCAAUUGGCGUCGAAUAUUAUGCAGGUUAAAGAGGAGCGAGAAUUUAUAUUAAACAUGCUAUAUCAAGUAGCGGUAUAUCAAGAUCUAGAGAUCAGAAAAGCUUGUUUCCAAAUAUUCUGUGAGCUGGUGGACCAUUAUUAUGACUUCCUUCCUGCUCAUCUAUCAGAAAUCGGGAACGUGACUUUGCAAGCUAUCAAGCAAGACCAAAUUGAAAUUGCCAUACUUGCUAUAGAAGUAUGGAACGAAAUUGGAGAUAUUGAAUGCAGCAGACAGGCAAAGCAAAAUCCUGCACUUUCAGUGAGAGGAUUCAUUAUGACUGCAGCUCCAAUCCUGAUCCCAAUUAUUCUUGAAAACAUCAUAAGAGGGGAUUUCGAAGAAGACGACUGGGACUUACACAAGUCAUGCGGAUUGCUUUUAUCAUUAGUAGCUCAGCUGACCAGCGAUAAGUUUAUUGAUGCUCCCAUACAAUUUAUUAAAGCAAAUGUCAACUCUUCAGACUGGAAAUGCAAGGCUAGUGCAUGCAUGGCUCUUGGGAUGAUUUUGGAAGGACCUUCAGCUAUCAAGCUUAAUGGAUUGAUUGUUGAAACUACUCCUCACGUAUUGAGGCUGAUGGGAGAUGAAAGUGUAGCUGUAAGAGAAUCUGCAGCUUGGGCACUGUCAAGGAUUUGUGACCUCCAAUUUAAAGUCGUUACCACUUCUUAUUUUGGGCAAAUUCUUAACGGAGCUGUUAAUUCACUAAAAGACUUGCCUAAGAUUGCCUGCAGCUGCUGUUGGACUCUUAUUCAUCUUAUAGAGCAUUCUGAAGAAAAGCAACUGUUUAAAGCUGAGAUAUUUGAGCCUCUUUUCCAAGCACUUCUUGAAUCAGCUGGCCGAACUGGAGUUGUUUCUUCUGAAAAUAAUCUGCAAGUGGCAUCAUUUUCAACAUUAUCUACACUAUUAGAAAGGUCAGCAAAUGACUGCAUUCCAAUUAUUGAAAGAAAACUCCCAGACUUAAUUAAUAUGCUAAAGCAUUGCUCAUAUUCUGAAGCCAACGAAAAUAUGCAAGCUUUGAUUGCAUCCAGUAUCUCCUCAGCUUUAAGCAGAGUAAGGCCAGAAUCUAUGACUGAAGAACUCUGCAAAAACUUCCUUGAAGCUCUUAUACAAUCUUUUACAGUCAGAAACUCUGUCUAUGAAGAAGGAAUCCAAGCAAUCGGAAAUUUUGCCCAGCUUUUAGAGUCAAGAUUUUCCGGCUAUUUGCAGAUUCUUGCCCCUUAUAUUGCUUAUGCUUUACAAAAGCAAGAUAUUGUAGGUCUAUGCAUGUCCGGAACAAUGGUUAUUGGUGACAUUGCUAGAGCUUUAGGUGAAAACUCCAAGCCUCUUAUCAAUGAUUUAGUCUUACCACUUGUGGGGAAUUUGCAAAACGAUCAAGCUUCUUCUUCAGUAAAGUUGAGAAGUAUAGAAUCCCUUGCUGAUAUAGCAUCUAACUCCAAAGAAGCGUUUGUCCCUUAUGUCCCUCAAGUUUUAGCUUUAAUUGAAGCUGCUGCAAAUGCAAGCUUGACCAUCAUAAAAGAAGAAAAUGACCCAGACAUGUACGAGUACCUUGCAAGCAUGAGAGACGCACUUUUACAGUUCUAUGAAGGCUUUAUUCAAGGACUUAUAGCGGGAGGUCAGCUUGAAGUGUUGAUUCCUUAUACCCCUAAUAUUGUCAGGUAUUCUUUGAUUGUGACUCAAGAUUCAUUUAAACCGAAUCCUGUAAGAUUAAUUUAGAGCAUGCAUAGAACGGCGAUUGGGAUUAUUGGAGAUAUUGCUGGAGCUUAUAAAGAUAGGGCAAGAGAUUUCGUGAAAAUACCUGAAGUUGUGAAUUAUGUCCAGAGAUUCAAACAGUCCAGCAAUUCUAGGGUAAGAGAAAUUUCACUCUGGGCAUUAAACUUGAUUAACUCUAUUUAG